AUGGGCCUGUUCUCCAAGAAGGAAGCCGCGCACGACAAUGGCGAGAGCCAGGCGCCUCCCAAGGGCCGCAAGCUCGGUGCCGUUGGAACCAUCUUCGCCUCGGGCUCGGCCAUGUUCGCCGAUGGCUACGCCAACGCCGCCAUGGGCCCCGUUCUCACCAUCCUCUCCCGCCCCGACAUGUACAAGGACUGGCUGAAGAGCGGCGAGCGCAACAAGUCGCUCCUGACCGCCAUGGUGUUUGCCGGCAUGGUCAUGGGCCAGCUGUCGUUCGGCUGGAUCUCGGACAAGAUUGGCCGCAAGUUCGCCAUGUUCCUCUGCACGGCCAUCAUCUUCGUCUUCUCCAUCCUGGCCGCAUGCAGUGCCGGCCCUACGCCGCAGGUGCUCAUCAACUGCCUGAUCGCGUUCCGUUUCUUCCUCGGUAUCGGCCUGGGUGGCGAGUACCCCUCUGGCUCUGUCGCGGCGGCCGAGGCGACCGAGAACGAGGGCAUCCACAAGAAGAAGCAGCAGCGCCUGUUCAUCUGGGCGACCAACUCGCAGCUCGACCUCGCGUUCACGAUCGCGUGGCUCGUCGCCCUGGUCUUGUACAAGAUCUUUGGCGACAACCACCUGCGCGCCGUGUGGCGCGGCACGCUCCUGCUUGGCGCCAUCCCCCCGCUCAUUCUUCUCAUCGCGCGCAUGUUCAUGGAGGAGCCCCAGGCGUACAAGAAGAACUCGAUGCGCCACGUCCGUAUCCCCUACUGGCUCAUCAUCAAGCGCUAUUGGCUCAAGCUCGCCGCCGUCUCCAUCGUGUGGUUCAUCUACAACUGGGUCACGUUCCCCUUCGGCAUCUACGCCGGCAUCAUCACCGACAAGGCCGUGGGCCCCGACGCCACCCUCUACCAGACUCUGGCGUGGGGUGCGCUCAUGAACGCCUUCUACGUGCCCGGCACCAUUGUUGGAUCGUUCAUCUCCGACUUUAUCGGCCCCAAGUACACCAUGAUGUUUGGACUCAUCAUGCAGGCCAUCUUCGGCUUCGCCAUGAGCGGUGCCUACAACAAGCUUGUGCCUGCGUCGGGCGGCUCGAUCGCUGGCUUUGCCGUCAUGUACGGCCUCUUCCUGGCCUUUGGUGAGGUCGGCCCCGGCAACAACCUUGGUCUCCUGGCCUCCAAGUCGGUCGGCCCCACCGCUGCCCGUGGUCAGCUGUACGGCAUCGCCGCUGCUGUUGGCAAGACUGGCGCCUUUAUCGGCACCUACACCUUCCCCUACAUCCAGAAGAGCUUUGACAACAAGAGCGGAUACCUCUCCAACACUGGCCUCUUCUGGGUCGGUUCCGCCCUCGCCGUCUUCUCGGCCUGUGUCACCUUCUUGGGCGUGCACAACAUCAAGCCCGACCACAUGCAGGAGGAGGACGCCGCGUUCCGCGAGUACCUCGCCGCGCACGGCUUCGACGUGUCGCAGAUCGGCGAGCCCGGCCACCGCGAGGGCGACAUUAACCCCGCGAUCGGCGGCGCCGUGCCCCGCGACGCUGACGUGUACGAGCAGGAUGUCAAGAACUAG